AGUUGUGUUCACGGGCUUGUCACAAAAGAAAUGGCGAGCGGUAUUGGCAAACACAAGAUUCUGAAUGUGGGGCCGACAGAGCCCUGGUCAGUCAGGGAGAAACUGUGCCUAGCCUCCUCUGUCAUGAGGAGCGGUGACCAAAACUGGGUGUCUGUAAGUAGAGCCAUCAAGCCUUUCUCAGAGCCUGGCCGUCCACCUGACUGGUUCUCACAGAAGCACUGUGCUUCACAGUACUCUGAGCUGCUGGAGGCCACGGAAGCCCCUAAGCGUAAGCGAGGUGAGAAGGGUGAGGUGGUCGAAACCAUUGAAGAUGUGAUUGUCCGUAGGCUAACCGCCGAGAGAAUAGAGGAACUGAAAAAACUAAUCCGAGACACACAAGAACAGUACAGGAAGUUAAAGAAGGAGGUGGAUCUCAUACAGACAGGUCACAUGGACUCCCAGCUGAAGGAGCUGUGGACAGAGAUCACACUAAAGAAAAAGCAGGAUGAGGAGGAAGCAGAACAGAAGAGGAAAGCCACAGAGACAGCUUAUCAAGCACGUCAGGCGGUGAAAAACACACCUAAGCGUCUGUCCAGUGUUACUGUACGGUCUCCCCUGGGUGCUAGCCCCCCCACCAUGGACUCUCAGGCUGACUCUUCAGUUCCCACGCCACCCAUGGACACAGGAGGUGUUGCCACUGAAGACACCACCACCCACUCAGUUGCCCAGGGGGUCGGAGUGUUUCUACCAGCGACAGAUGCUCCAGGCCCAGGGCCCAAAGAUGGAGGCCUGGCCGCUCUAGUAGAUGAUUCACCACAGAAGAGGCUCCUAGCCCAGAAGGCCACACCACCGCCCUCACCUCUCCUGUCAGAACUUCUGAAAAAAGGCAACCUCAUCUCUGCCAGCCCCCGCCUGGUUGGAGAGGGAGAUUCUACUGGAAGCCUCACCAAUGGAGUACAGACAGCCACCGCAGUCACUGCCUUACCACCUGGUCAUGAGGUCAUCACAGAGGGUGAAGCAGAAGCUGCAGUGAAGGCAGAGCUCACUGAGGAGACAGGAUUAGUAGAAGAGGACCUUGUAGCUGUCUCUUACAUGGGGGAUGAGUUGGACUUGGAGACAGUAGGAGACAUCAUUGCCAUCAUAGAGGAGAAGGUCGAUGACUCUGUGGAGGCCUUGGACGCAGCAGCAGUGGAAGCAGCUCUCUCCCUGUGUGAAGAGGCCGUCUCAGAAGGACACACCCUCCCUGGCCCCUGGGAGACCCAGGAGUUGAAGGCUUCAGAUCCAGCGCCCACAGUCCAAGAAUCCGAUCCCACACAGGAGUCUCAGGAUGUCGCCACAAUGUCCGCCCUGAUCCCUGCAGGCAUAGAGACCCAAAAUCAACCAGAGAUUAAAAGAGAAGAACAGCUCAAGGGAAACUGUGAGGGACCUGAGGUGACAGGAAGCGAUGUCACCUCUUCUGUCACGUCUGAUGACGGUGCAACAGGAAGUGAGGUAACGGAGGAGGGGACGGCAGGGAAGGAGGUCACUGAAGCAACGGUCAAGAGUGAAGGAGAGGAAUGGAGCCAGCCGGAGCCCAACCCACCUUGCCUAGACUCUGAGGACAGCUCUGUGUCUGGGAAAGAGUCCAAGGAGGUGAAGGAGGAGGAGGCGGGGAGUGAGGGCGACCCAGAGGAAGGGAUGGAGCUGAAGGAGGAAUGCGGGGAGGGGGAGGGCCCCUAUCUGUCGGAGGUGGAGCGAGCCGCCAGCGAGAGUGAAGACGGUUACGGCCCGUCCUCCCAGCGCUACACAGCUGAUUCACUGGCCAGCAGCCCUGCCUCCUCUUCCCAGCUAUCUACGUGUGGUGAGGACCAGGAGGCAGUCCAGGCCCAGAAGAUCUGGAAGAAGGCCAUCAUGCUGGUGUGGAGAGCCGCAGCCAACCACAGGUAUGCCAGUGUCUUCCUGCAGCCUGUGUCAGACGACAUUGCGCCUGGUUACCACAGCAUUGUACACAGACCCAUGGACUUGUCGGCCAUUAAGAAGAACAUCGAGUCCGGUGUGAUCCGUACAACAGCCGAGUUCCAGCGCGACAUCAUGCUGAUGUUUCAGAAUGCCGUCAUGUACAACUCUUCGGACCACGACGUGUACCACAUGGCGCUAGAAAUGCAGCGUGAUGUCCUAGAGCACGUCCAGCAGUUCCUGGCCACCCAGCUCAUCAUGCAGACCUCUGAGAGUGCCAUCUCCGCCAAGAGCCUCCGUGGCAGGGAGGGAAAUCGUAAGCCAGGAGAGCCAGCUGAGAAGGAUGGAGGCACCAGGGGUCGCCGUAGUGCCAUGGAGGCCGACCUCAAAAUGAAGAAAUAGACUGAGAUAUCGGAGAGCGAGACACUUUGACAGACUAAGAGCCACUCUUGGAAUUAGAGAAGGUGGCGCUGAAUACUUACUGGUCACCUUGGUUGUUUUCUAAAGAGGACUGUGCAUUCUCUCUCUCUCUCUCUCUCUCUCUGUGUGUGUGUGUGUGUGUGUGUGUGUGUGUGUGUGUGUGUGUGUGUGUGUGUGUGUGUGUGUGUGUGUGUGUGUGUGUGUGUGUGUGUGUGUGUGUGUGUGUGUGUGUGUAUAUACACACUUGUUCAUCAGUGCUUUCGCAUAGACAAGGGUAUAUGUGAAAGGGUGUGGCUGUCAGUGUGUGUGUGUGUGUGAGAGAGAGAGCUGCAUCAGGGUUCCUCUUGUCCAGUUCAUUCGAUUGGCUAAUGUGCGGCGCCAUGGGGAUUUCACUCCUGGCCAAACAAGUCAGAGCACCUCUUUGCCCAAGUAUCAUUUCACCAGCGAAGGUAGCUGUUCAUCAUUGACCCUUGCAGGGGUGGAACAGCAGAGAGAAAGAAAACAUUGUCACCAGCAAAUGUUUGUUUGGAAUCAAUUGAAAGAGGGCACGAUGAGUCCUCCUUGCCAGAUUUGCUCAUGUUAAAUCAUGGAUGCAUUGAUACUGGUCCUGCAUGUGCAAGUCAAUCAAGAUACUGAAUCUGUAUCAGUUUGAUUACUGCUAAAAUAUUCUGAGACUGACAUAAAAGCUAUUAGAAACCAAACAACUGGAUUUUCUGCCUUUUUGAUAAAUGUAAGAAAAUAUGUCUGUCUUCAUUAAGAAAAACUAAUGAAGUCACCAAACUAGUGGCUUUUUUCAGCUUUGCUUAGUAAUGGGUGAGAAUGCCCCUCUGUGUUGUCCAUGUUUCAGCCCAUUAACUGCAAAUUGCAUUUACAUUUCUGCUGACCGUUUUCCAAAGCACAAGUUUUUUUGAUUAACUGCCUGUUUUCAAGCAGUCCCUAAGCUUCCAUUACAACCAAGAAACUGUCAAAGUCCACUUCAGAAAUCAGUGUCAUAACUAGCGUUUCUGCAGAGAUGUAAUACUUCAGUGCAAACAAUGUGAUGCCUUUUGUUCCAGUUACAACAGUUUGGUACUGCCCUCUUCCUGUCUCCCAGCAGGAGCCCUUUUCUAAUUUGGUGUUGCAUUCAGGUAUCUGAAAACUAAUGUAGUAUGUUUUCCAAGUCCAGAACAAUGUAAUGUAAUAACAAUAAGCAGUAAGGCAACAAAUAGUUCACUAUUCAUUUGAUGAAUUACCUUAAAGGUUAGGGACCUUUAAGGUAAUUCACAGCCACAGCAAUGCUGGGGGCGUGGCUGAGGCAGUGACUGUAUAGCCUUACAGAAGUCCUGACAGCUUGUUUAAGGGCACAGUGUCUGAAUAUGGGCUGUGUGCAUUUUUGAGUAGAGUGAGCAUUUUGGUACUUUCACAGUAUUUAUAUAGCACCUAGACCUGCUUCAUAAUCAAAAAAGAUAUAGAAAUCUCACUUUCUAUAAUAUGGAACCUUUAACAUCAAAUAAAAUCCAUACCUCUUUUUAAUAAUGUACAGAAACCAGAAGCUGCCUUUUGAAGGUAGAGAAUCAAAAAAUCAAUUGAAAAUCCAAAUAAUCCAUUCUUUGUAAAACAGUUGGCAGAAAUGCAAAAUACACGUGUGUCAUUUAGUUUGUUAAUGGGCUAAAACUUAGUUUGAGAUUGUAGGGGUGGGGGGUAUACUGGUUUUGUCAUGGUCACCAGUGUCACGUUCAGCCACGACAUGAAUUUUGCAAUACCGUCAUUACUGUGAUAAAUGUUUUAGCAUAUUAAAAAAAUGAUGCGCUUUACUGUGGCUGCUAACAUGCAGGUAGAGGGCUACACAUGUACUCAUAGAACUGGAGUUGCAUCCUGUAACUACUAUUUUCCUCACUAUAACGCCACUCCAGUAACGCAAAGAUGCGAAGGUAACAUUACAAGCAACGCUCGCCAGUUUCUCUGUUGCUGGCUGCAGGAACCCACACAAAAGUCUUCAUCUACUCCCACCAUCCGAGAAAGUGAAGAGCCAGUAGAUUAACUAAGCCUCAUUUGAGGUCAAUUAAAUAAGCAGAGUAUCAGGUUGGAUGUAGAAAACUGUUUUUUCCCGUUCCUUUUUGUGUCAUGCCACAGAUCUGAUGUUAGCUCCACACUUCAUACUGCAACACAAGCUCAGCUGGUUUUGUUACAGGAAAGCCUGCUAUGCUGUGUGCUGCAUUGGUAUGUAAAUGUGCUUGAUAGACAUGUCCCGUGGUACUUAUAUAAUAUACUUUAGGUUUUCUGCCAAAUAAAUGCUGGUGAGGUACCUAAUCCUACCCCUUGUCUAUCUGAGAAUGAAUCAUAUUUACUAAUUAAUCUUCAUUAUGGGGCAGGUUACUCCUUCCAAAACACAUAUAGGCCUAUACCUCAUUUUCAUUCCUCUUUGGAGCCAAUGAACACAUCCAUUUUUUUUUUCCUAAUAGUUCUGUAAUACCGUGAUAUAUUUCUGUCACUGAAAAAGAAAAACACCGUCAUAUAAAUUUUAGGUCAUAUCACCCACCCCUAGGAGAUUGUUGUUGCUGAAAUAGUACUGGUGCGUCCCUACUCGUCACUUAGGACUGUGCUAUGUAAGUAGCAUAAGAAACAUGUUUGUGUAACGUGUGUUAGAUGGGAGUACAAAGUUUUGUACCUGUGAGAUGGAUCAUGUAGAGUUUUGUGUUUGGGUAGUUAUACAUGUAUAAGUUCUGUUGUACAUUUGUUAAAUAAAAAUUAUUUGA